CACAAACGACAAGCAGUGUUACUUACGAUGCGCUCGAAUAAAGUGCACAUCUGUGGAAGCUCCAUUAUCGCGUUGAUCAUUGGUGGCCUGGCGAUCGAUCCCGCGCUCUGCCGAUUGCAGCCGGCUGAGAAUGUGUUUCCCACUGACGUGAACAAGGCGUUGCUGCCCAACGUGCGCCAAGGAUUGAAUGAUUGUCAUCUCCGGUACCACAAAUAUGGUGACUACAACUUAAUCUAUCCGAUCUUUGGAGUUCCCGUGCGGUUGGGUGAGUUUGCUCACAUGGCAGCGAUCGGUUGGACGGGACCGAAUGGCGCCAUCGAUUUCAGCUGUGGGGGAUCGUUGAUAACAGCACGUCACGUUAUGACCGGUGCUCACUGUGCCAGCCGGGAUGGCGUUCCUCCGGACGUAGUUCGGUUAGGUGUCAUUCACAUCAACACCACUCUCGAUGACCCCAAAAACGAAUUCGCACAACAGUACAAAAUCGAAAGAUUUCAGCGCCAUCCGGAGCACAAGUUCUCCUCGUUCUACUUUGACAUUGCCAUCAUCACGUUGGAACGAACGGUCACAAUCAACGAUGUGGUGACUCCUGCUUGUCUCUGGAACCAACCUGAAGUGGAUUUUCCGCGCCUUGAAGCGGUCGGAUUCGGCCAAACUUCCUACGCUGGCGAUAAAACGCCAAUUUUACUAAAAGUGCAACUAUCACCCAUAUCGAACGAUGAGUGCGCAAAGUUUCACAACUCAGACAUCCGUAAGCUCCGGUCCGGAAUAGUGGAUACGCAAGUGUGUGCUCGCGACAGCAAAAUGGACACUUGCCUGGGUGACUCCGGAGGUCCACUACAGAUCAAAUUGAUGUCCAACCAUCGAUCGACGCCGUACGUAGUGGGAAUCACCUCCUUUGGAGUGUUCUGCGGCACGGCUGCACCCUCAGUCUACACUAGAGUUUCGUCGUACAUCUCGUGGCUCGAAACGGAAACCGGGGAAUCCUUCGCGCCGGAAACCUGCGCUGCAAGAUACAUUCAAAUGCGAGAGGCGGACGAGUCCAUGGUGACUAAUAGGGUGGGUGAUCACGUGUUUAUCGAACCGGAGAAGAGCUACAUGGACAUUGAAAUAAUGGCCAAGCAUCGUGUCUAUUUGGGCUACACGCGCGGAAAUCGAAUCCAGUGGAACUGUGGUGGAGUGUUGAUAAAUGAGGAUUACGUGCUGACGGUGGCGCAUUGCGACAAGUUUGUGUUCAACUUAUCGCCAAGCCAUGUCAAGGUUGGGGAUUUGGACAUUCACAAGGAUCAACCGGAGGCGCAAAUCGUACGGAUAGCGCAGUUCAUAAAACAUCCCAAGUACCGCGAAGGAAACCUGGAGAACGAUAUCGCACUGGUCAAACUGGCUACUGAUGUGAGAUUCGGCCCAGAUGUGGUUCCCGCUUGCCUAGUCGAUAACGACCUCACCAUGCCAAUGUACGAAAUGGCCGGCCUGGGACCAUACAAUCUGAACAAUUUCCUGCGAGACAACGAACCUAUCUCCAACAACAACACCCUGGUGCUGACCCGAAUGCGAGUGGACCCGACGGCGUGCAAGCAUAUCAACAGCCCCAAUGUAAUGUGCGCCCAAAACAGCAAAUACCUCGUUCCUCAAACGUGUCGGGUCGAACAUGGCGGUCCGUUGGAGCGUGAAACGUGGCACUACGACCGCUACUACACGUACGUGUUCGGACUGACGGCGGCCGGCCAAGAUUGUGGCUUCGGCAAAGAGGCACACUUCGUGCGGACCUCGGCCCACAUCCAGUGGAUCGAAUCGAUCGUUUUGGGGAAGCGACCGCAGGCGCCAGCCCGUCGUUUCCAGCGUCAGAUUGUUUUCCCGGAUGAUGACGACUAUUCCUCGACGUCCUACAGUGUGCUGGGGAUGCCCUGUACGACGGCUCAGAACGCAGCAGGUAUUUGUCAGUACUACAGAAGCUGUCCCAAUGUUAACAUGUGUGCGCUUUCUCUGGUGAAAUUUUGCCGCCACGGGACAGAUCCGAUCGUUUGUUGCGGCAGGUCAGCCAACGAGGAGAAGUACAGCAUGAAAAAGUGCGUAAGUUAUUGGAAGCAGUACAAGCGAACGGAGGAAGAAGAGUACGAGAGUAUCCCUUCGGAGGGACGGCCGGCGCAGGAGAAAGAAUAUCCACAUGUGGCGCUGAUUGGGACCCAGCAGUAUGGGAGGAAUUCCUGGAGCUGUACUGGAGCUUUGAUCAGCGAUAGGUACGUCCUUACCAGUGCCGAUUGCGUUAAAUCAGGCGCGCACAAUAUUGUCCGACUGGGAGCGAUCUAUCAGGAGAAGGGAACUCAGGAUAUAGGGAUCGAGCGAAUUGUGGCUUAUCCAAGUUACAACGUGGGGUUGUCGACUGGCAAUUUGGCGCUGGUUAGAUUGGCGUCCAAGGUUGUCUUCAGUGAUCGUGUGCUGCCGGCUUGUGUGUGGCCAAAUCACUCCACGGUACCUUUGAAGCUGUAUACUCUGGGAGUUGACGAUGGUCAAGUUAUAGUUCGUCCGCGUGUGGCCCGUUACAAUCAGGACUGUCGAAAGUUCUACAAGCUGAACAAUCUCGUCGACGAAGAGCAGUUCUGUGCGGAGAAUUAUUAUUUCACAAACAACUCGUGUCAGGACCGAAGCGGUGAUCCCCUGGAGGGUAGCAUUUCCACCGGGUCCAUCAAAAUCUCCAUCGUCGUGGGGAUUUCCUCGUACAAUGUGGGCUGCCCAGGGCAUUCCGACUCAAUCACAGUCUAUGCAAGGCUUUCGGCGUACAACAAUUGGAUAUUUUCCAUCGUGGAAGCUUAGCUUAGGGUUUCACUCAUCUCCUCUACUGUUAAGAAAUGCAUACUCUUACGAAUAAUAGGACUAGUCGUU